AUGGCAGUUCCUGGAUUAACACUUGGUGCCUUCAUGAUUCUGUUGCUCAUUAGUUCUGUGGCUAAUUAUCCCAAUGGAAGAGUAACAAAGUCAUGCCACGGGAUGAUUCCGGAACAUGGUCAUAGUCCACAGUCUGUUCCUGUCCACAGCAUCUCAGUGAGUCAGAUGACAUUCAGACCAGGAGACCAGAUCGAAGUUACUUUGUCAGGGCGACCAUUUAAAGGCUUUCUCCUAGAAGCUCGUGAUGCUGAGGAUUUGAGUGGUCUUCCCAUUGGCUCCUUCACAUUGCAUGACAGUCAAGUGUCACAGCUUUUGACCUGUGAAGACAUACAGGGAUCAGCUGUGAGUCAUACAAGUGCAUCCAAAAAAACAAAAAUUAAAGUCUACUGGAAUGCUCCAAGCAGUGCCCCAAAUCACAUACAGUUUCUAGUCACAGUUGUGGAGAAAUAUAAAAUCUACUGGGUGAAGAUUCCUGGUCCUGUAAUUUCACAACCAAACGCACUUCCUUUUACAACACCUAAAGCUACAAUAGUACCUUUGCCAACAUUGUCUCCAGUUUCCCAUUUAACUAAAUCAUUCAGUGCCUCAGACUGUGGGAACAAGAAGUUCUGUAUUAGAAGUCCUUUGAACUGUGACCCAGAGGUGGAGGCUGCCUGUGUCUUCUUGUCCUUCACAAGAGAUGACCAAUCAGUGAUGGUUGAAAUGAGCGGUCCCAGUAAAGGCUAUUUAUCCUUUGCACUGUCUCAUGAUCGAUGGAUGGGUGAUGAUGAUGCUUAUCUGUGUAUUCGUGAAGAUCAGACAGUGCGCAUACAGCCUUCCCGUUUGGCAGGGCGAAGUCACCCUGGGAUGGACUCCAAGGAUACUCUUGAAGAUAUGGCUUGGAGGUUGGAGGAUGGUAUUAUACAGUGUUCCUUCAGAAGAAACAUUACCCUUCCUGGGGUUAAGAAUAGAUUUGAUCUAAACACAAGCUACUACAUAUUUCUAGCAGAUGGUGCAGCUAUUGAUGGUCGAAUUUACAAGCACUCUCAGCAACCUUUGAUUACAUACGAAAAACAUGAUGUGACAGACCAUCCGAAGAACAUAGGAGGAUCCCGUUCUCUGCUCCUUCUGAAGGCUCAUGGUGCCUUGAUGUUUGUGGCAUGGAUGACUACUGUUAGCGUAGGUGUACUGGUUGCCAGGUUCUUCAAACCUGUUUGGUCAAGAGCUUUCUUCCUUGGUGAAGCAGUUUGGUUUCAGGUGCAUCGGAUGCUCAUGCUCACUACCUCUGCCCUCACCUGCGUUGCUUUUGUUAUGCCUUUUAUAUACAGAGGAGGCUGGAGUUGGCAUGCAGGUUACCACCCGUACCUUGGCUGCAUAGUGAUGACUUUAGCUGUUCUUCAGCCUCUUCUGGCAGCCUGCAGGCCACCUUUACAUGACCCAAGAAGGCAAAUGUUUAACUGGACUCAUUGGAGUAUAGGAACAGCUGCUAGAAUAAUAGCAGUGGCAGCAAUAUUCCUGGGAAUGGAUUUACCAGGAUUGAAUCUUCCUUAUCCACGGAAAACCUAUGCAAUGAUUGGAUUUGUAGCGUGGCACGUCGGGACUGAGAUUGUUCUGGAGAUACAUUUGAAAUAUUGGAUGAUGUUAGAAUUCAGAUCCUUCAGUCAUUUACCGUAGCCGAAGCAGAGGGUCAUACUUUUAAAAAGGCAGUCUUGGCAAUUUAUGUCUGUGGGAAUGUGACUUUUCUCAUCAUAUUCCUAUCUGCAAUCAACCAUCUAUGAGCAAGGAGAGACCUUGGCUUUUGUGGGCCAGGUGAUAGUUAUCAUCAAACCAAAGAAACUUGAAGCCCGUGCUGUCCUGGAGCAUAUCUGUGAAUUCUGAUUUGGAAGACCGGGGCCAUGUCUAUAG